CCAUGUUAUGCCGAAGGUGCUACGAAUGGGCAUGGCGGGCCUAAUCCAGGCGCUGACUCUCCCAGAGGGCCUCCUUCCAUCAAUCCUGGGCAGGACUGCACAGAUCCUGGACCGUAUUAUGGGGAUUAUUCUCCGGGAAACCCUUUUCCCGUCUACGUCUCGGCCACCUGGUGUCCGGAUCAGCAGGAAUGGCGCCUUACUUUUGACGUGUACUAUGUGCAUGAUGGCAACCUGAGCGCUGGACAUCCGCAUGACUGGGAGGGGAUCAUCGUUGUAUUCAGGAAAGAUCCUGGCGCUCGUGGCGAAGACUGGUGGGUCGCUUCGGGGGUGAUUUUCAAUCGUCAUCACUGGCAUGAUUACUACGACUGGGCAGACGUGAACACAGUCUCUGGGCUUGACGAUGUUCGAGCUGACGUUCUCGGAAGUGGCAAGAAUCACCCCAAGGUCUACGUCGGACUGUAUUCCCACAGCGCAUAUCGAUCCAAGUGCGACAUAGGCUGCGGCAAUUUGGUCAACACGGGCCCCUUAGUUUGGAAUGAGUACCGUUCCAGUGAUUGGUUCCGGUUG